CGGAGAUGCAAAACUUUGUAGCCAUCGAUGGCCUUGCGAACGAGAACAUUGUGCGUUCUGUUGCCUUUGCUGCUCUGCAAUUUCGACAGCAGCGCAACUAUGAUGGACUUGUCUCCAUUUCUACUCAACUUCUACAACAAAGAUUCCGAUUCUUAGGUACUCAAGCCGAUUCCAACGAUGACGAUAAGGACUUUGUAGUUCAAUGGCAAAAAGAUGAAUCGCCAAAAGCAAUCGAUAUCAUCUGGAGUGGACAUGAAGAAGAUCUAUAUCAGAGCAAGAUCUAUUACAAACGAUCCGAUGCGGAAACAUUAUAUGCUAUGGUGGAGUUUGCAAGUCAGGACGAAAAGCAUUUUGUAGUCGUUGUCGCAAAAGAAGACGGUGCGGAAGAGCAAGAAUGGAAGUACCACAAUACUAAAGUCAUCGACAGCACUGAAUGGACAGAUGUCAUUCAGAAGGAGUGGGACACCAGAAUAGAAGAUGCCGAGAGAAGAUUUUUGCAGAACCUUACCAAGCAUAAUGAAGAUCUAAAGAAAAAGAGGAAAGAAAAACAGCACAAAAAGAAUGGAAAGAGUGCAAUAAAACGGUCUCCUUCACGCGAGGACAGCCAAGGUCGGUUGGCACCAGAUGAUUAUUGGGGUGACUGGUCAUCCGAAAACCCUUCCCAAGAAGCAUCAGGAGAGAGUGAAGUUUCAAGCGAUGCAGAUAGCGAAGAUUCUGAGGAUGUAUACUACAACAAUUGGAGCAACCACCCAGUAGAAAACGAGGGUCAUUCAGAAGAUGACAUGGGUACGGAACACGUUGCACAAGGUCAAACCAGGGAGAUGAGAUCACCAAGCCUUUUCAAGCAGUUGGAUUUUAACUUUAAGGCAGACUCACCGUCUUUGAUGGAACAAGAAGAAAUUCAAGAAGAGUACGAUAACUCACACAAUCCAUUGUUUACCGUCCCAAGUGUUCCCAAUUUGAUGGAUAUGCAUACCUCAGCUUUGCAAGAACUUACCUCCAUUCUCAAUACGACAAUACAACCCGGCGAAGGAAAGUCCAGAGCUAUUAAUAUGAACCCCUUACCCAAAGUCAUGUAUCAAAGACAAAUGACAGACGAUGCAGACUAUGAUUAUGAAUCAGUCAGUCGGCCGGAAAGCAUUAAACAUAUCAAUCAACAUCAAUUGGCCGCUGAUCAACCAGAGCUCUCAAGCUCAUCCUCAAAAUUCCCUUGGUUCUCACAGAAUGGAUCUAAUGCGGAAGCGAAUGGCAGCGACACUCGAGAGACUGCAAAAUCUUUCCUUAUGAAAAGCUUGAGCGCCUUGAUUGGUGUUGCGCGCAUGCUUGGCUUUACGGGUCAACAAAUAUCAGAGAUGGUCGACCAAAUUGUGAAACAGCAGCCCGACGGCGAAGUUCAAAGUCAACAAGAAAUCGUAGCCGACGAUCAAGACAAGAAAUAGUGCAAAGUUUAAAUAGAUAAUACAGAUUACGCAGUUUACAGCAGUAAUGUUUUUUUUUUCGCGCGCAAACCCGAAAGUUUGCCAUCAAAUGGGCCAAUGAUCUACAGCCGAACAAGUCAACUUGCGCAGUAUGCUCUCCAAUGGUCGGUGAGGUUGAAGCUACAUAAUUAUAUUGAAGUCGCGUUUUGAUUGAAUCAGAAUCAUUAGCAGGCAUAAAUAAACCAGCCAGAUUCAAUGUUGAUAGUUUUUAUUUUAUAUAUUUAUUCCAUGGUUAAAAGAACAAAGUCUAAGCGGAUUUAGCGGUAAGCUCUGG